AUGGCGGGGGAGGAGGAGGAGGAAGGGGGGAGCGGGGGUGUCAUGCCGAGAGCGCGCCUCGCAGCCCGGCAGGCCGCGGCCCGACCCGGACCCCGGGGCGCAGCCCUCCGCCUCUCCCCCAGGAGGCGGCGGAGAGGAGCGCGCGAGAGGAAGGAAAGAGAGGGGCGAAAGCGAGAGGGACAACUUUUCCGACACGUGAGUACCUCGGCGCGAUGUGUUUGUCCCCCUCCUUCGGUGGCUGCGCCGAGCCAAAACAAUGCGGGACGGCGGCGCGGCUGGAGGGGACGGGCGGCACGGGACGGGACGGGACGGAGGGGUCCCCCCUUCUCUACGAAAACCGUUUGGUACCAGGCGGUGGAUUUGGGGAUAUAUUUUUUUUUCUUUUGCUCCCUCUCUUCUUUUUCUUCUUUUUCUCCUCCCCCCGCUCUUUUUGUUGAACCAAAUCAGAAAUGUCAGUCAGUGCGAGUGAGUCAGAAGGGAUCAGAUUACAAGAUCACUGAAACUGAUGUCGGACCCGCGCACACACACCCCCACACGGAGGCAGAGGCGCGGGCUGCUCCCCGCAGGAGGCGGGCAGGGAUAAAACAACCACCAACAACACCCGCCGGCCCUCCUCUGUCGCCCCCGUCCCGCCUGUGUCCCGUCCCGUCCCCUGCCCCGCGGGAUGCCCGCCGGCCGCGGCGGGGGCCGGCCCCGCUAGCCGCAGCGGGGGGGGAGAGGCGCGGGGACGAGCCGGCGGCCCCGGCCCUCGCCCAUGGGCAGCACGGGGGCUCGUCGGCAGCGGCGGCAGGUACGUACCCACUUGGGCGAGAAGUUCUUUGUUCCCCCGGCUCUGCUCCGGGCCACUUUCUCGUCGUYUCCCAGCGCUCCGGCCCCGCUCCCGGCCCCCUUCCCGCUUCUCUAACUUGGAGGCGGGGGGCAGGGGGGACCGAGGUGUCUAACCCCCAAAAUGGCUGUCACGGAGCGCGGGAGCCGAGGGCGCGGGGCGCGGCGGGGGCAGUCCCGCUCCGGGCCGGGCCGGGCCGGGCUCGGCCGGGCACGUCCCGCGGCGGAGCUGCCGAUGUGCGGGGAACAGCUGCCGGUUUAUUUCCACUCCAUUCUUUCUCCUCGCCCCAACUCCGUGCGCGACUCCCGGGCGUUUUCACGCCCGUGCGGCGGGARGCCGGCAUAAACUUCUUAGGGGGAAGGCGAGAGGCGCGGAGGAGAAUCCSCUGUCACAUCUGGCGGGGCGGAGGGGCGCCCGGGGGGCCGUCGUUCCCUGCCGGCUGCUCCCUGCGAGGAAGGGGCGGUCGGGUCCCGGUUGGCAGCGGGGCGCCGUGGUGCCGGCGCCUCUGCGAGCGAASUAGCGCUCGGCCCGCUCCGCGCCGCCGCUGGCACGGGGUCAGGCUGGGGAGCGGGCGGCGGGACGGGCCCGGCCGAGGCCGGGCGGGACGAGCGGGGCGGCUGCCCCAGGGGAGCUCCUCGGAGCCGCCCCGGGCCCCCACCGCGGCCGGGCCGUGCACCGCCCAACUUCGGAGGGUGGGAGCAGAGCGCGUUCGCGGCGGUUCCGAUUGUCCCGUGAAGUUGGUGGGGUGUUGGCACAGUUCCCGCGCCCUCGGACGGGCCCGCCGGCUCGCAGCUGCCAGCGCCCGCUCCCCAGCCCACGCACCACGUGAAGAGUAAAGGUAAAAGGAAACACACGCCCCCCGCUCCCCAUCUCACUCCCCAGUUUUGUUUUUAACCCUCUGGUGCGUAGUUUUGAUCCGGUCCUGCGAUUACGGUGUCCGUGGCCUUCUGCCAGUUUGUAUGUAGAUAUAUUUAUGUAAAACAUUUUCUCCCAGCUCCUUGCCAGCUGUUCCACAUUUUCCAGCUGCCACUUCAGUUUGAAAUGAUGGACUCUGCGGAUCUCAAAGAGCCUUUUAGUCAGGGGUUCGGGUAGCUGUCCGUUCGAUACACAGUGUCACGUUUUAGAGGCUACUUCACUAAAGGAACAUUAAAUAGCAACCCACUGCAAAAUGCUCAUCACCGUCGCGCYCCUACUACUUCCCGCUUCACUUUCAAGGCUCAAUAAACAUUAUUUUUAAGCUUCAGCGUGCAGACUUCGUUUCUUUUGUGUGCGUGCUACAGAAAAACUUGGAAGCAAAAUUUUCCAG